UAGUUGUAUAUUCUUUUCGGAAUUUCCAGUCUACGACCAGGGUACGGUUUCACCAAAUAACUAGACAUAGCAAAAGCAUCAUCUCCCACAAGAACGUAUAGUACAGGCUCCGUUCUUCCUGGUAAUGCGUCGCUUCCAGGACAUCCUGUUGGAUACUGCUGAUAAUCAGAAACAAGAUGAAGCAAAUGUAAAUGCAGAAUGUGAAGACAAACACCCACCAUUCAAAAUCCCAAGAUGGACUCCCAAACGCGUCCGACAGAAUGACGACCCCACUGCACAAGAAGCUGUGAACCGUCUCAAGUCUCUAUCAAAAGUUGUUACAACUAUACAGGGUGACUUUGAAGUUGAGUCAUUAAUUUUCAGAUAAUGAUUGUAGAAGGAAGAUAAACCAAAAUAUGUGUGUGAAAAUAAAAAAAAAUUAAAAAAAAAUGUUUACCUUGUUUUAUAAAGUAUCCUCCCGACAAGUAUUU